GUGAACGAGCGAUUUGCGUCGUUGUGCAUAUCAAUAAGGCGACCGUCGGUGUUGCGGUUGUAUUCUAGUCAACCAGCUGUCAUUUCGGCAGCGGCAGCCAUCCUCUUCUCCAUCCCAGCCGUAGCCAGAGUAGCAGCCGUUUACCUUACAGCCGCCAGCCUUUGUGCGAAUGAGGCUAUAAAGUCGUCGCAAAUAAGUCGCAGUAACAGGCGCGUCGCUGUUAUAUGCGUUGGUUAAUUCGCGUGUCCGUCUGUAUCUGUGCUGUGCUUUGUACUGUGGUUUGAUUCUAUCUUUAGACUCUGAGGGUGACGGUCAUAGUGGCCGUGGUGCUAUGAGGUGGUGAAGCACUGGCUUGGUAGAGCGUAGUGUGAAAAACUCGUUCAAAUUAUCGAAUUACGCAUUUUAUCAAAGCCCAAAGUAAUUACGGUAGAUCCGGUACAAGCAAAAGGGGGCAAUUUCUGACCGGACGACGAAGUUCUGUAUAUUUUUCGCUUCAUAUUCAGUCGAUAAACAAUCAGCCAGAAAAAGAAAUAGAUUCAGAUCCAGUCUUGCAGACAGCACCCGCAAAAGUGAACACAUCGAAUAUAGUGGCUCCCGCAAACUGGAACGAGGUGUAUCUAAGCUUUAAUUUCUAACGGGAAACCGUUAAAUAAUCAUCUAUCUUCGAAAAGGAAGAACUGUGAAGAUUGUACAUGUCUUUUUGCCAGUGUGCUGUCUGUGAUGCUCGUAACAGCGGCGCAAUAAGGAGGCGCUUAUCAUUGUUGUCGGUUGGAUUGCGUGAUUGCUCGUGUUAAACAUACUGCGAGUGUGGUGUGGCUUCGAGCGCAUUUUGGGUGUCACUUCCUCCGAACAGAGGCAAAGACCAGAACGUUGUUGGGACUAAAAUCAACGCCGUCGACGUCCCCAACGCUAGUUACGCACCGGUAGCGGUGCAGUUUAGCGGGGGGUAGUCGGGAUGACAGUGAGUUGGUCGUCAGUAUCGGCCACCGGCGACAGAGAUCCGCGGUUUCUAACCAGGAGCCGCUGUAGAAAAUUCGUCACUGCCAAGAACAUCUGCAGAGACUGCAGUUACGGCGUGAACGGCAAUAGCAACAGCGGCAGUGGUAGCUGUGACAGUUGCCUCAGUAGAAAUUUUGCCGUUGAAGCACCACGAGCUACAACGAAGAAAAUGAGACCAGCAAUCACUAGUAGACUCUUUCUCACGACGGUAUUUCUGGCCCAGCUAAUCGCUGUUAGCUCGCAAGAUGAACUGGAAUCACAGGAACGCGGAUUCAAUCAUGCGGCGUUUUGUGCGGGCUCGAUUAAAGGAAUAGAUGGAAAACUACUUGGAGCUUAUUCGUGGGUCAUACCAAAGCCGACGAGUUCAGCUGAAGUUAGCCUAUUUUACCUUUCACUAUGUGAGCCACUCAAUUUCACCAAAAAUAGUGGCGACAGUUUCCAGUUGCAGCCAGUUGAGUGCAAUGGGGCAUUUGUAUGCCAUGUCACGCGAUUCGCAGCUAAUAAAAGCUACACAGCCGAGGUUUUGGUAAAGGCUACGGAGGGGAAUCAGUCCUUUGAGGCGAAAAGGAACUAUGUUUUUCUGACGGGCGGGCCCUGCAAGCACCAAGCUCGCAAAAACAUACAAGUGGUCAUCUCGUUCCAAUGCGGCUUUCAUCUGGGAUCGCCCCAUUACAUGCUGGAUAACUCCUGCAAUAUGAUUCUAUCGUGGCGAACAUCCGCGGCCUGUUUUGAAGGUGCGAACAGCGGUGCACCUCCUAGUACUGGAAGCAGGACACCGUUACCUGCGGCUGCGUCUCCAUCUUCAGGAGGACUUCCGCCAAUCAUUAAGCCUAACGUUCAGGUGCCUUGUUAUGUCAUCGAUGAGUUUACUGGUCACAAAUAUGAUCUGAGUCACCUCAUUCGUCUGCGGGGCACACAUAAAGUUGAAGCAUCCAACGUGGAUCUUUACAUCAACAUCUGCCAGGAUAUCACGGACAGCUUGAUCGGUUGUACUACACCUGGUACGGCAGCCUGCCUGAACCUGCGUAAAUCUUCAUGGAAAACCGUAGGAUUAAUCAACUCGUCUACCAGAGUACAACUCAUCAAAGAAACGGGCGACCUCACCAUAACAUACAAACCAUCGAAGAAUUCGAAGCCAUUCGAAAACUGUGUGAAUCAUCCUUCCACGGUGAUCCACCUCCGAUGUCCAGAAAAACGCGGCAGGAAUCGUCCACCACGUCUCCUAGCGAACAUCUCCUGUCAGUAUAUGAUCGAAUGGGAAACGGACCAUGCCUGUCCCGAACACUCGAUCGUCGGAGACGUAAAUUCGUGCAAAAUUGAUAUUGAUGGCAACCAACUUGACCUGGGCAGAUUGCGCGGCCCUAAAGGUUUGGAUCGAGUAUCGAAUGUGACCAUUUUUGGCAAGCAACAUGAUGUGUUACUCAGCAUUUGCAGCUUCGGGUUAAAAAACGGCAUCUGCGGGAAAAUUUCGAGUACGAUGACGACCAACGUUUGUUUCAACGAUUCGGAUGGAAACGCAUAUAGUCUUGGAUCUAAAACUGACAGCGGUUUGAGGUACACCGAUGGCCGUGCCACACUUGUGUAUUUUAAUGGGAAUCCUUGUACUAACAGUUCGGAUUCAAACCGAAGAUGGAGUAGCGCGAUAGAGUUUGUCUGCGACUCGGAAACGACUUCUGGUGCACCCGAACUUGCGUCGGUUGACACGGACGUGUGCAUCAUUCGUUUCGAGUGGAAGACCGCUGCGGCUUGUAUACCGGACGUCGUUACUGGGGAUGAAAAUGUCGACUACAGCGAACUGCAAGAAAGCUGUCAUUACACGAGUGGCGAUUUCCACAUGGAUUUAUCAGCUCUCGAUCAGAAGACGGGCUCAUGGUUCGUAAUGGAUGACGGCGAACACUUUGAAUUCAAUCUUUACGUCGAGGUCUGCUCUCCAGUGCAACGACUCGGCCAUCUCACGAGAUGCCCAGUGCGUUCGGCAGUCUGUGGCCUGCCGCGAGACGAUUCAACGCCAGUUAGCUUUGGCCAGUAUUCGACAGUUAUGUUAUUGCAGAAUGCUAGCUCGCCCGUAGGAGUGCUUGAGUUCAGUGAUGGUGACCAGUGUAAAAGCAAGCCGGAAAAACAAUACAAGACCCUUAUUCAUUUAGCCUGUACCCCUGGGCAGCAUGGAGCUAGCCCUAGGUUCUUUGCCUUCGAUAAGGAGAGAUGCGAACUACAUCUCGAGUGGCAUACAUCUGUUGCCUGUCCCCAAGUGUCUCUAACCAACACGACAUGUAUGGUGGAGGACCUGACUCACGGAUUCCGUAUUGAUCUGACCCCACUUGCCAGAUAUGGCGUUCAGCAUAUCUCUUCGGGCGAUUUCGAAUAUGAUAUCGCUGUAUGCGGUCCCUUGCCAAGCACAUACUCGUGCGGUAGUGACUCGAACGCCGCCGUAUGUCGACGCAACUUAACGGACAAGGGCGAUGUCACACCGCUGGGAGCAGCAUCAAGCGAUCUGAUCUACAACGGCGGUAUGAUCACUGUCGUCUAUGCGGACAAAGCCGAAUCAUCGAAUAUUGCCUUCCAAUGCGAUUUUGAUGCGGGCAUCGGUAAGCCACAGGUGCUUUCGAGCCAGCCAGGAAACACCGUGUUCAACUGGGCGACAUCGUUCGCCUGCCCUGCAAUGAACGCCCACUAUCAGAGUUGUGUGGUGCAAGCCACCGACAAAAGUGGGCAUUUAUACGAUCUGUCGCGACUAACGAGGGUUCGACCCAAUCGCGACUGGACGUUUUUGACUACUGACAUAGGAGAGCUGAAGCUUCCUCACCGCUUUUACGUGUCCCUUUGCCGACCGCUAUACCAGCCUCCGGCACGAUGUAACCCGCAUGCAGCAGUUUGUGUUGAGACAAUCUACCCGAAUGGCACAACAAAAUUCGUUGACGCUGGGCACGUAGUUGACCCGCCAUCGGCGAACAGCCGAGGUGAGCUAACGCUCACCUACAGCAAUGGAGCGCCGUGCAUUCGACGUGGACAACCUUCCACGAUGCGAACCACUAUUCACUUUCAAUGCGACGAUGAAGUCGUACCUAGUGGAGAGUAUCUCCGGUAUAUAAAUAAGCCCGACCAGUGCGAGUACCUGCUUCUGUGGACGACCGAAGCCGCGUGUCCCAUUCGGCAUCAGCCGGUGAAGGACGAGUGCGCCAUUGUCGAUCGACUCACUGGUGAUCUCUUCAAUAUUUCCCAUAUGCGAGCGGAUACAUUUUACCGUAAGGGCGACUACGAAUUCAACAUCUGUGGCCCUAUCAGGAAUAGCACAAACUGUCUGGGCGAAAACAUCAGCGUUUGUCGUGUUACAACUGACCAAACGGGACGCACCAAAGGAGUACCACUUACAGGUGCAACCGGCUAUCAGCUAGACUUUGUCGGCGUCGGCAGUCUUCGCCUAAGUUACAUGGGUGAAAUUACUAGCGGUCGAACGACGCGCGUGGAAAUUGAGUUGGUGUGCACAACGGCACUAUUGCCCAAGAACAGCGUUAUAGAGGCACGAGGUUCUCUUGGUGACGAUCAGGUUCACCGAAUCAACUUCUAUUCAAGCGGUGUUUGCCCAAAUUAUCGAACUGACCCCACAAACUGUGAAAUCAUCAAUAGUGAAACUGGCUACGCGUACGACUUGCGACCACUCGUCCAUACCGCUCUGUCAAACUGGGAAGCCAGUGAAUAUUCACCCAUUUCGUACGAUUACCAGCAUUUGGCAAGUCCCGAACAGAAGUAUCAUUUCAAUAUAUGCAAAAAGCUAAAUACGGUUCCGCUCUCAGACGGUGGUUAUAAUUGUCCCAGAGGGUCGUACGCUUGUGCGACGUAUACAAACGAUAACAGUCGUAUGGGAGAAAGUCUCGGCAGACACAUGGACGAUAUUGUGUUUGGUGAAGAUGGUACAAUUGGCAUACGUUACGUUGGAGGUGACAAGUGUCCACCGGAGGAGAAUCGCGAUGGAGAAUUUCAGGCUGGCAACGGCACUCAAGGAGAGACUAACCCAAAAUUCAAGUCAAGCCUUAUAACCCUAGCCUGCACACCGAAUGCUCAUGAAAUGCCCAAAAUCAUCAGGACCUCCAAGGACUGCGAAUACGUCUUUUACAUGGAAACUCCCGCUGCGUGCCCGGUCAAGAAGGCGGUGGGCUCCGACUGCAAAGUCACUGAACCUAACUUUGGAUAUCGAUUCGAUUUGAGCGCACUCGGUGGGAAGAGCAAGGUCUACACAGUAAACAAUCCCGACGAUAAAGGUAUGCACAAGAUGACCGUGUGUGGCGCACUCCCCGAUGCCGGCGUUUUGUGUGGAGGCGACAAUGAGGCCGGAUCCUGUUUGAUCGGCGCAAAUGGCAAGAACAUUUCACUGGGCAAGGGCACCGCUACGUUGCAAUACAACACUGGCAUCCUGACGCUCAUCUACACGAACGGUGUAGUCGGUUGUACUGAUUCCAAAAAGAAUCGAAGCACAACGAUCAAUUUCCAUUGCGAUCACUCCGCCAAGGUAGGAUCGACUGCACCGGAGUUUCAAUCAAUGGACGGCAACUGUGGUUUUGUCUUCAGCUGGUAUACGGAAUUAGCGUGUCCGCCGCGGACAGAACAAGUUUGUAAGGUGGACACCCCUGACGGCCUUGUUGAUCUUUCGCCGCUGUCGGCGCCGCGGCGAAACUACGUUACGCCUGAUAACAUGAUUGAGGUUGGUCAAAAGUAUGUUGUUAACGUGUGCCGAUCCGUUGUACAUAUGCGGGCUCUUGCUUGUGAAUUCUCGUCAGGUGCGUGCAUUAUUAAUGGUGAUAAGACGGUGAACUUAGGCGUUGUUUCCCGCGGGCCAUUCUACGUCAAAGAUGAGCGUAUCGUGCGCAUCCAGUACCAGAACGGCGAUUUGUGUACGACCAAAUCGACACUGAGCUCUCAAAAUCGUUGGUCGACAACGAUUGAUUUCGUGUGUCAGAGUAAAGACUCAGGGCCGGUGCACGUCAGUAACGACAAUUGCAAGGCGAUAUUCUUCUGGAACACACCUCACGCAUGCCCCCAAAGUCACGAUCUGCAGCCUGCUAAGAAUCACACGUGUGCAGCUGUACACCCAUCUGCUGGCGGGCUCGUGAUUGAUCUACUUCCUCUGGUCCGAAGCGACAACGAAUCCCCAUACGCUGUGCCCGGUCCAGCGGGCUCCACGUACAAGUUAAAUAUUUGCGGCUCGGCAAGGGAGACAUCGUGUGGUCCCCAUACAGGCAUCUGUUUAGAGAGCAGAACCGAAUCUGCUAAAAUCGUUGCACGGCCAAGUUCGCAUCUGAUCUGGGAAAAUGGCGUGCUGGCAAUGGUGUUCGAAGGUGGACAGAGUUGUGGUCUGGCCAACGAAGACCAUUUGCGUAAAAUGAAGGCGAUCAUUCAUUUUGUGUGUCCGUCAGCGGGUUUCGGCCGCGACGCACCCAUGUUUGUAUCGCAGUCGCCCGAUGAUUGUGAACACCGCUUUGUUUGGCCAACGGAGCUGGUAUGUCCCAACAUUUUGCAAUGCGCUUACUACCAGGACCAGGAAUUUGAUCUGUCGCCAUUGUCGACUCGAAGUCAUCGAGCACGCAAUGUCUUGGAUACCGGUUACGAAUAUUAUUUAAGCGUAUGUCGGCCCCUCGAACCGCAGCAACCCUAUCUAUCAAUGCCGCCCAACGCCGCGAUCGUCCGGGUGGCCGUAAACUCGAAGUCGAAGGUCGAAAGUCUUGGACACACGUUCUUCGGAUCGUUCACACACUUCCAGCAUUCAGUAACACUAUUGUAUGUGAACGGCAGCCGCUGUGAAUGGGAUAAUACCCAGCUCUAUAAGGCUCGGAUCAGCUUCGAAUGCGAUUACUCGCAAGACGCUGGCGAACCGGUGUUAGUCGACAUUGAUCAGGCCGAAUGCCUCCACGUAUUCCGAUGGAGGACCAAUCUAGUGUGUGCGGGAUCUGCAGAUACCCAUCAAAUAAAUCCACGCGGGAACUGCAGUUUCCCUGUGCCUCAACGAGGAAUCACCCUUGAUCUGUCAUCGCUAGCUAAGAAGUCCCCGCAUCAGAUCAGAGUAAAUAGCCCGGAUGGCGAAGAGUCGGGUUACUUCACAAUGUCUGUUUGCAAAGAUAUGUCAGCGAGUAUCAGUGGAUGUAAAAACAGUGAACUCUGUUUCGCUUCGAAGGUCCAAGGCGGCAUCAAAAACAUCAGCUACGGUGUAGCUGAAUCCUACCAUUAUCAGGGCGGAAGUCUAUUUGUUCGUUACACCACUGGAGACAAAUGUGUCAGCAUGCUUGGCAAAACGUACGGUGCCAUUGUGGAGUUCGAGUGCGAUCCCCUCUAUGACACAGGUAGUCCAGUUGUCGAGCGUCAGUAUGGCUGCUUGACCGUGUUCCGAUGGAAGACUGUUAAAGCGUGCAGUCCUCAGCAGCUUCAAGCAGCCGAAGGCCACGAUUGUAUCGUAAGGCGAGGCGCGUCCACGUUCGACCUCACCAUGCUAUCAUCGGUGUCGCAUGCCUGGAAACUGGAAGAUCCUCAAUCGCGCAGUACGUUUUAUUUGAACAUUUGUGGAAUAAACCACAAGUGGCCGUUGGACGCGAUUGAUAAGUGCAGCAAAAGUGGUGUCUGUGUUGAGAAGAAAACGAACGACAAUAAGGAUGAAUUCCAAUCGCUUGGAGAGUAUUCCUCAAGAGAAGUAGUGGUCGAGGACAGCUCAACGAUAAGGAUUACGUACAACGGUGGAGAUCCAUCGGUUUGUCCAUUGAAUGAGCAGCAUCCAAAAAGCAUCAUAGUUAUUAAAUGUGAUCUCGAUGGAGAUUCGAUUGGGUCAUUGAAAUUCGUCUCCGGUCCCACGUCGAAAUCGUGCACAUACAAAUUCGAAUGGCCUACCCGAUACGCCUGUCCUGAAGCCACAGAUGUACUCGUCAUGCAGAAGGGUGGCUACCUGAUUGAUCCAGCAAUGCAUCAAGCUUAUAAUCUUACCGCGCUUUUCAACCGAACAUUUCGUACUUUCGAAUAUCGGUUAGGCCAGGAUAACUAUACUUAUCUGGUGAACUUACGAGAGGUCUGCACAGAGAGUUCGUGCCGAAUUCCCUGGCGAAUGGGACCCUGUGCCCAAAGUGCUGUCUGCCAAGCCAAGCGCAGCACUUUCAUGAAAAAUAUCGGUUCGGCAAACAAACAACGCUUCUACCUUCGAGGUUUCGAAUUGUUACUUGUUAUAGACACACUCGCCACCUGUCUCCACGUACCAAACUCAACGAUCAAGAGUAUAUUUACUUUUGCCUGCGACCACGAGGCCGGAAUUGGAGUCCCGUCGUUCCUUUAUGAAACUAAAUCAUGUCAUUACAUCUUCUCAUGGCCGACGGAGUACGUCUGUCCGUCACGGGUGGAACAUCCUACUAUGGCCUGGUCCCACAUGGGUACUGGUGAAGCAAACGGUGAUGGUUCUCCUAUGGGCAUUGUCAUUAUUUUGAGUGCCCUAGCGGUUACACUAGCUGGAGUAUUUAUGUUUCUGUCUAAGCCUGACAACCGGAUGGCGGUUAGAGCUCGUGUCCUGCGGAUUUUCCGGACCGUUACCAUGCCGCAUUAUUACUACUCCAAGACGGAGUCGGAGAUGCAAAGUCCUUUGGAUACUGAUGGGGACACGGUGUUGCUUAGUCCAUCGCUCGUACUACAACCGGACGACGACGACUUUUCCUCGCCGCUCGCUUAAGCGGUUGAGUUGGGUGCCUAUGAUAUAUAUCUUCCAUAUAUAUGAAUGUAUGUAAAGAGGAAGCAAGCAGAAAUCGUUAUAAUUACUCCACAUAGCUCGACUCGUUUUCCUGUCUUCUGUCUGAGCUCCGUUCGACCAGCGGGCUCUUUCAACCUUCUUUCAACGUCGACUUGAACGUGUCCGAUAAACCUGGCAUCAAAAGGACGUGUGCAACAGCGCGUACGACCUAUUCAAGUUUCCCCGCUGGCAUGUUUUUCCAAGCUGUGACGGAGUCUCUGAGAAGCUUUGUUCGCCGAACACCUAGUCGUGCACAACAUUAGCUUGUGCUAAGUUAGAACAAGAGGAAUGCACCGACCAAAUGCAAGUAGGGAAAUAAACUAAGCAAUUGUUCCUCAUCAUGUCAAGGCCAUCUAUUUUGUAGUUGAAGGUCAUUUUUUUGUACGGUCUUUUUUCUGUGGCACCUUUUUCGAUCAUAGUGAAAUGGAUGCGCUCGUUGUUGAGACCUUUACGCGCCAAAACAGGUAUCAUAAGUAGCAGUUUUAUAUUCUAUGGCAUUUAAUAUAGACACUAACCACGCCACUAUUGUAGUCUCAAGGGAGCUGUAAAUUCUUUUCAUGUAUUCCGCUAACUCAUAGGAAUAGUUCGAAGAGCUUUUAUCCUCAUUAAUGCGUCAAUUAGUUCUGGUUUGAUGAAACUGUUCAGUAUGCGGCUCCCAUUCGUCAUUUUUACCGCUAAAAGCUCUAAAUAUUCUAAGCUAAAUAGCAGACUUCAUUAGAAGCGCCUAGCUCAUUUGUUUCUACAGUCAGCGCGGCCUUGAGGUUAUCAACGUGUAACGGUGAAAUAGUAUUCAUUUUGUAGUCCUUGGAAAUCGUGUUUUUUUUUUACACAUACACAUAUAUGAAAGUUUGAGACAGCUUUUUAUUACUUCUGAUAGUAUUUUUUUUCUCUUCACUUUAGUCAUUCUCAGAAUGUCCGCGUUGUAUAUGCUUAGUGUUACUGUCUACCACGCAGUCAAUCAUCGUAUAGUAAAUGAAUUGUAUUUUAUAUAAUUUUGGAUUAAAAAGGAUUUUGUCUGCGCGCAUCGCUAAGAUGAACUAAAAACCAAAAAGUACACCGAUAUAUAGCGGUGUUGAAAGAUUUGUUUUGUCAAUCCGUCAACCAAUGUGGAGAGCAUAGUUAAAGACCAGCAAUUGUCCCAGUAAAAAUAGUCCCUUUCUACUUUUUUUUUUUUGCUGAAAAAAGUUGCUUUUGUUUUCUGAGAGAAAGACGGCCGAAUUGGGGGCCGGUACUAAAGCAAGUAAAAUCAAGGAUCGAACGGGAUUCACCUAAUGUCUGACGGUGAUAAAACUUCAGUAGUCAUUAUUAUUAGUUAAGUGGCAAGUGAAACGCACGCAAGUAAAAAAAUAAUGCAUGAUGAAAUAACUAUAUACGUAAAAAAGAAGAUAGCGAGAAAUGAGGAAAGAUAAAAUAAAGCGGAGACGAACUUUUAACUAGUGAAGAUAACGGGAGAGCUAGAAACAAGGUACUAUUAACGAAAAAACAAUAGGCAUUUAUCUGUGAUGAUGGGUCGGCUAAGUGUUUCGACAUGUUUGAGCCGCACACGCUGUUGCCGAGGGGCUAAACUCACCAAUCAUUUAUCUGAGCAACGUUCCACUAAUGCUUUCCGACUCAUUAAUAUAAUACUGCACUGAAUUCGCGCAUUCAACGUCAACGGCGCAUAUAUACACGCGAACAUAAUUAUAUAGACGCGGGAUUGAGCUGACUAUAUCGUUCAUCUGCCUCAUGCGAGUUGCUGUUUUACGUUUUAAGGCGAGGAGAAUUUCGUUACUUAGGUUUUUAGCCAUUUUGCGAACCAAGUUGUUUAGGUGCAAUCCGCCGUUUUGCCUACGACUUGUCUUCUUUGAUAUAGGUGUUCGCAACAGUAUUUAGGAUGAGUGCGGAAAAUAUGGUCUAUAUUUUCCAUUUUACAUAAUCCAGGAGCUAACGAGGCACAGUGAAGGAAAAGCUGCGAACGUCAAUAAGAAUCAGCAUUCAUAUAUAUACUAAUUGUUUUUUUGUCGUUAUACGAGACUGCAUCUUGCUGAAAUGCAGCGUCGCAAUGUGUGAGUUGCGUGUGUUCAUCUAUCUACGCAUAGCGAGCUGUCCGAAGUAAGAGCAGUAUGCAUAGAAAAUUCAAUGACAUAUCUAAUAAUUGCCGUGAGCUCAGAGUUCCUUUCAUGCUUGCCCCCGAAGAGGGAAGCCAGUCAAAGCAACCGCUAUAGCCAGCCACCAGAGCAUGCGUUUAAGUGUAUCUAUGUUUAAUUCAGACACAGACGUUUUUGCCUAGGUCUACGAUCACUGUUAUCACAUGUAAGUAAGCAAAUAUCUUAUUUACCCCAUUCCGUGAGUACUCCUAAAUAUUCCUUAUGCACACUGAUGUCUAUCUUUGCUGAACUAUUAAUUUUACCGUUACUCAUAAGCGUCUGUACAUAAAACAACACCCUCAUGUCCUUUACGCCCGAUCCUUCUUAACCACUUAUGCGAGAGCACUUAAGUUUCAAAAGUUCGUUUCCUAUGAAAAUGUAACGAAUCAAUGAAGGUUAUUACCCAGGGAAGCAGAAGGUGGCAUCUUACCUCCCACGCCACCGUAAGUAUACGGUCGGCGCAAUCGACUUCAAGCCGGCGUAGCAUCGCUGUGCAUCGCCCUUUGCACUAAACAGCAAAAAAAAACAACUUCCUUUUUUUAUUAAUGAAGUAAACAACAAAACAACCCAUUCAUUCAUGCGCAUACUGUUUUUGCUAUCUACAGGCAUAAAAUACACUUACGUGCGCACACGAAACUUACUUCUGCCGUACGAAGCAUUCCUAUUACAUUUUUAUUAUAUACAUAUAUAACACAGAUAUCAACGAGACAGAUAUGGAUUGCAUGUGAGCGCCGGAGAGGCCCUGAGCGCUCACUCGAUUGGGCAUUAUCCGCGGCCCUUAAGCUCGCAAGAAAAUUUUAGGCCAGAAGUACGUCGGUGUGCGUGUGCGUGUGUAUGUGCAGGAAUCUGUGUGUUGUACAUAAGGUUUGGUCUAACGAUCACGCGAUGAGCAGAUAUGCAUCUCUUCUAGCAUAAGCAAAGCUACCAAUGUACGUUGUAUAUAGAUGUACAGAGAAUAA